CGGUCGCUAAACCACCGAGUUGCUCUCUUUGUGCUGUUAGAAAACACUGCAACGACCUUCCAAACCUUACCGUGCGUUCAAGCAAGCUUCGAAGAAUGUGAGUCUCUCCAUCUGUGUGUGUUUCUUUCGGUCUCUCCCGCUCUGGUUUCCUGUUUCGAGUUUCUAACCUCAGAUCUGUACUUUUCUGCUUUUGUCUUCAUUAUUGCUAUAUGUUCUAUAGGACAUUUCAUCUUUAUUAUCUUCCUGUUCCGCGUUAAGUUGGUUCAGCCAUUUACAUCAAUCAACCCACAUUGAGUUAUUCCCGUUUGCUUCUGAUUUCGGAUGCAGAUCUGUUUUGCAUGAUUUAUUGGCAAUCGGGUAGUGUCGUUUCUUCUUUACUGCGGCAGUAGAGUAAUGGGCUGGUGUCGUAGGAGGAUAUUCAAGAGAUUAUAGAGGUUGUGAAUUACUGCCUUUGUGGAUGCGUAAUUGGGCUGCUUCGAUUUUGGAUGGUUUUGGAAUUAUAUGUAGGAAACUUGUGGGAAGAUGAUUGUGAGGAAAAAUAUGGGGCGUGCUUCAUCGCUGCUUUUGGUUUUAAUUUGUCUAGGGUUUUUCUUUGCAACAUAUAAUUUGAUAACUAUGGUAAUGCAUCACAAGGCUGCCAGUUCGUGGGAUUCGGUGGCAGAUGGUUUAGACUGGGUGAAUCCUCUAGCUGGAAUGCACAAGGAGGUGAAGACAAUGGGGAACUCAGGUGUUCGGUUUCAUGUUGCCCUAACAGCGACAGAUGCUCCUUAUAGCAAAUGGCAGUGUCGGAUCAUGUAUUAUUGGUACAAGAAAGUUAAAGACAUGCCUCGUUCAGACAUGGGAGGGUUUACUAGGAUUUUGCAUUCAGGGAGUCCUGACAAUUUGAUGGAGGAGAUCCCAACUUUUGUGGUCGACCCUCUUCCAGAUGGCCUGGACCGUGGUUACAUUGUCUUAAACAGGCCAUGGGCUUUUGUGCAAUGGCUGGAAAAAGCAACAAUAGAGGAAGAAUAUGUUCUAAUGGCUGAGCCUGAUCACAUAUUUGUGAAUCCUUUGCCAAAUUUGGCACAUGGUGACCACCCAACAGCUUACCCUUUUUUCUAUAUAAAACCAACUGAGAAUGAGAAAAUUAUAAGGAAGUUUUAUCCUGAAGAGCUGGGACCUGUGAGUGAUGUCGAUCCUAUUGGUAAUUCUCCAGCAAUUAUCAAGAAGUCCCUUUUGGAAAUUAUUGCACCUACAUGGAUGAAUGUUUCCUUGAGGAUGAAAGAUGAUCCAGAGACUGACAAAGCUUUUGGAUGGGUGCUGGAAAUGUAUGCAUAUGCUGUAGCAUCUUCAUUACAUGGUGUAAGGCAUAUUCUUCACAAAGAUUUUAUGAUUCAGCCACCAUGGGAUUUGGUAGUUGGAAAGAACUUCAUCAUCCAUUACACAUAUGGCUGUGACUAUGAUAUGAAGGGAAAGCUAACAUAUGGGAAGAUUGGGGAAUGGCGUUUUGACAAGAGAUCAUACCUUCGUGGUCCUCCACCAAGGAACCUUUCAUUACCGCCUCCAGGAGUCCCUGAAAGUGUGGUAAGACUUGUGAAGAUGGUGAAUGAGGCCACUGCUAACAUUCCUGGAUGGGACGCGUUGUGAGCACGUAGUGGCUCAGUUGAAGUUGCUAAAUGAGGUUCGGGUUUUUUAUUUUAUUUUUUAUUUUUAUAUUUUUACCCUGAAAACUUAUGAUAUCACCAUGGUAGAAGACUGAGGGGCUCGUGUAGAGAAUUUGCGGAGUCUGGCAGCCUGGAAAUCAUGUAGAUACACACAGGUGAUAAGAGAGCAAUACUUGCGUACUUGUCUUGAUAUAUCAAAUAAUUAAGAUCAUUCUUUUGAGUUUUGACUCUUUUCAACUAGAGACCCACAUUACAUGGCAUAUAUAUUCUUGUAAAAAUCUUUGACCAUUCUAUAUAUUCUGCCCAAUUUUAUCAUUUA